UUAGCAUUCGAGAACCGUGAAGGGAUUGACGAUAUCAUGACUACAUUUCAUUUAUCAGAAGGUGAAAUUUCGUCACCAAUCACUCUCCCUUUUUGUCCUUCUACUCUCGUCGCCUCACGAAUUGAUGGGGAUUGCGAUAUCGGCCGUGCAAUUUGUCGCAACCCGGCUUUCGAGUCAAAUAGCGUAAGCACCACCCAGGUUCAAUCAAGCGCGACAUUUUCCACCUCUUUUGAUCUUCAGCUGCGGUUCUGCACUCAUGCCACCAGCCCAGAUUGGUUUUUGACCACCACUAUUUAG